AUGGCUGAAAAAGAAAAGGCUGUCUACGACAGACGAUCUGGUGACAGUGAGCGUACUGCCACUAACGUCGAAAAUGCUCCACCCCGCAAGAAGUCCUUCACGGACGUCGACAUGAGCAAACUGAGCGCCGCAUUUGAGAAUCCGUUGUCCGGUAUCCCCAAGGAGCAGCUCUUGGAAGAAGUCGAGGUCUUCUGCCGAGAUCACAAUCUCAUGGAGUAUCUCGAUGUAUUCCGCAAGGGUGCGUUGGUGGCUCAAUCUCCAAAUGCCACGGAUAGUAUUGUCGAACUGUCGCCUGAAGACCGUCAAGUUCUUGAGCGAGAGCACACACACCGUUGGUCUCAACCAUUUACCCUCUACUGGUUGGUCAUCAUGUGUUCGCUGGCGGCUGCUGUGCAGGGCAUGGACGAGACAGUGAACAACGGUGCACAGGCACUCUAUCUCAAGCAACUUAACAUCACCACCCACCGAUUCAGCCAAAGCAUGGUCGAUAACCUGACUGGCCUGGUUGUCGGCGCACCAUAUUUAUGCUGUGCGGUUCUGGGUUGCUGGCUCACAGAGCCGUGCAAUAAGGUCCUUGCCCGUCGAGGAACGAUCUUCAUCUCCUGUUUCAUUGCUGCGGUUGCCUCGAUUUGGGAAGGGGUUGCUAAUUCCUGGGUUAAUCUAUUUCUGGCACGAUUCGUUCUGGGCCUUGGUAUUGGCCCCAAAUCCUCCACGGUGCCAGUUUACUCUGCCGAGUGUGCUCCAGCCCCUAUCCGUGGCGCGCUGGUUAUGAUGUGGCAAAUGUGGACCGCUUUUGGUAUCAUGCUUGGAAACAUCAUGGGCGUUGCAUUCGGCGGAUUGUCCCCCAACCUUGGCUGGAGACUCAUGCUCGGCAGCACUGUUGUCCUUCCACUCAUCGUCUGUGCUCAAGUCUACUUCUGCCCGGAAAGCCCCAGAUGGUACAUUCAGCACAACCGUCCAGAAAAGGCGUUCCGAUCCUUCCAACGCCUGAGACACACAGACCUACAAGCUGCCAGGGAUACCUACUACACCUUUAUUGGCGUGGAACUCGAGCGCAAGGCUCACAAGGGCAAGAACUUGUUCACCCAAUUCAUUGAGCUUUUCACGGUUCCUCGCAAUCGACGAGCCACGUGGGCGUCAUGGAUUGUCAUGUUCGGCCAGCAAUUCUGUGGAGUCAACGUCAUUGCGUACUACAGUACGACGAUUUUCAUACAAUCAGGCUAUUCGACUACAUCAGCUUUGUUGGCGUCCAUGGGUACGGGCAUCCUGAACUGGGUUUUCGCCUUGCCUGCGGUGUUUACGAUCGACCGUUGGGGACGCCGCAAUCUCCUGCUCUUCACGUUUCCUUUCUUAGCGAUCUGCCUACUAUGGACCGGCUUCAGUUUCUGGUUCCAUGACAACAAGACCAAAGUCGGCAUGGUCACAACGGGGAUGUACUUGUUUGAGAUCUUCUACUCGCCCGGCGAAGGUCCCGUCCCAUUUACCUACUCAGCAGAAGCAUUCCCUGUGCAUGUUCGAGAUGUUGGUAUGAGCUUUGCGACGGCCACAACAUGGUGCUUCAACUUCAUUCUCAGCUUCUCCUGGCCUCAUCUCUUGACCGCUUUCAAGCCUCAGGGUGCAUUUGGGUGGUACGGGGCAUGGUGUCUCAUCCUGUGGUGCUUGAUUCUCCUAUUUGUCCCCGAAACCAAGGCUCUCACCCUCGAAGAAUUGGAUCAAGUGUUCAGUGUCAGCACUCGUAAGCAUAUGAGCUACCAGAUGAAGAAUGCUGUGUGGCAUUUCCGCGUGUGGAUUUUGAGGCAGAAACUCGAGCCCUUGCCACCGUUUUAUCACCGAGCAGAGAAGCUGAACGAGGCGUGA